AUGUUUGAUAAAGCGAAGAAGGAGUUCGCGAAGUGCACGUGUAAUGUGGAGGAAUUCAGACGAAUCGCUCUGAGAAGACGAUCCAAAGGGACUAUUGAAAACGGCGAACUUUCACAACAGUAUGCAGUGCCUCCCAAGUCACAGCACCUCCAGAGUUCAGUCACCUCCCAGCAACUUCAACUGGAAUCCCCCGAAAGCAAGAUGGACGACACAGUAAAAAAGACUGGCAAAAAAAAUAAUGUGUCAGACCUCAUUAGCCGAUUUGAGGAAAGCUGUGAGACCAAAACAGAGAGCUCAGCCCUGGGCUGCCCCAAACCAACUGAGUGCCGCCUGAAUUCACCUCCCCUCCUGAACCGUUCCAGAGGUUUGGAGUCCUCCCACAUUUCCCCUCAGUUUACCAAUUGCAGAGCCAGUAAUGGGAUGUUGAACGACGAUGGAGAGGGUGAUAUUAGAAAGGGACAAGCUAAAAGCACAGAGUCCAUGCAGCCUGGAGGGGACCAGAGCUGUGAUGCAGAGGAGAGGAUGAGUGACUCGCUGAAGCCGUCUGAAGGGACUGGGGAUGAGUCAGCCCCAUCCCACGGCAUGGAGAAGGAAACAAGGGAGCAAAAAUUAUAUAAAAUAGCCAGUGAGCUACUUCAAACAGAAAGAGCCUAUGUGGCACGCCUCCACUUGUUGGACAAGGUGUUCUGUGCUAAGCUGACAGAAGAGGCAGGGAAAGGCUCAUUCCCUCUAGAGGUGGUGAAAGGGAUAUUCUCCAACCUGGAGUCCAUCCAUGCCUUCCACAGCCAGUUCCUGCUGCCCAACCUGGAGACACGCAUGAAUCAGUGGGAAACUACCCCACAAAUCGGGGACAUUUUGCAGCAGCUUGCGCCAUUCCUGAGGAUGUAUGCUGAGUAUGUGAAGAACUUUGACAAUGCCAUGGAGCUGCUCAAACAGUGGACAGAGCGCUCAACACAGCUCAAGACCAUCAUACAAGAGAUUCAGGGUCAGGAGAUAUGUGGCAGUCUCACUCUGCAGCACCACAUGCUGGAGCCGGUGCAGCGUGUGCCUCGCUAUGAGAUGCUGCUCAAAGACUACUUGAAGAAACUUCCAGAAAAUGACCCUGACUAUGGCCCUGCAGAGAACUCUCUCCACAUCAUCUCCAUGGCUGCCAUUCAUUCUAACAGCGCAAUCCGCAAAUCAGAGAACCUUAAGAAGCUUCUGGAGAUCUAUGAAAUGCUAGGGGGAGAGGAAGACAUUGUCAAUGCCUCUAAUGAACUCAUUAAAGAGGGGCACAUUCUUAAGCUAGCUGCGAGGAACACCUCUUCCAUGGAGAGAUAUCUCUUCCUAUUCAACAACAUGCUGCUGUGUUGUGUGCCUAAGUUCAGUCUGGUGGGCCAGAAGUUCACAGUACGGACGCGGAUUGGCAUAGACGGCAUGAAGGUUCUGGAAACAUCUAAUGAUGACUACCCACACACCUUCCAGGUGUCAGGCAAGGAGAGAAUCCUGGAAUUACAGGCCAGCUCUGAACAAGAUAAAGAAGACUGGAUAAAGGCUUUUCAGGAUACCAUAGCUAUAUUCCAGCAGAAAAAUGAGACAUUUAAAUCUGCAUCCAGAGUGGUGGAAGAAGUGGUGGAGGAAGUGUCUACAGAGGAGUUGGGCAAACGUGCCCCUCGAUGGAUAAGGGACAAUGAGGUAACCAUGUGUAUGAAGUGCCGUGAACCCUUCAAUGCACUGACACGCAGGAGACACCACUGCAGAGCCUGUGGCUAUGUGGUGUGUUGGAAGUGUUCAGACUAUAAAGUGGUGUUGCAGUAUGACAAAGGUAGGAUGAGUAAGGUGUGUAAGGACUGCUAUUCCAUCCUGACAGGAAGAACAGAGAGUGAAGAAAGAACAGAAGGAAAGAAGAGAGGUAUCCUGGAGAUUGAGGCUGCCCAGUUCUCAGACAGUAGCCUGAUGUGUGGUUUUUUACAAUAUAGUGAGAGGGCCAGGCCUUGGCAGAAGGUCUGGUGUGUCAUUCCCCAGCAGGAGGCACUAGUGCUCUAUCUGUAUGGUGCUCCACAGGAUGUGAAGGCUCAGUCCACAAUUCCACUGCUGGGCUACAGUGUGGAGGACGGGUCACGACCCAAUGACCUUCCGGCCAGCUUCCGUCUGUGCCAGUCCAAAUCAGUCCACUGUUUUGCCGCAGAGAGUGAGGAGCAGAAAGAGCGCUGGCUCCAGGUCAUACGUGUCGCAGUUACGGGUGAGAUGCCGCAGUGCCCACAGCCUGUUGAUGACGACCAACCUUGGCUCCCAUGA